UUGGCUCAGUUUACUACAAUCUAAACAAAGAUGGCGGCCUGUGUGAUACGUCGGACCUUGCUGUCAACCUUUAAUAAGUAUAACAGUGUCAGUCGAGUAUUACAACAUGUUAGUUUAAACAGUAGACACAAUCCAAGUGUAUCCUGCUCAUCAUGUGAUUUGUUCAACGUUCAACAAAAACGGUUUAUGUCGUCAAGGAACAGGCCAGAAGGGAAGGUGCUGGAGACAGUAGGAGUGUUUGAGGUGCCUAAACAGCAGGGGAAAUAUGAAACAGGACAGUUGUUUCUACACAGUGUGUUUGGCUACAGAGGAAUUGUCCUAUUCCCCUGGCAUGCCCGGCUCUACGACCGCGACGUAAGUCCCCCAGCCGUAGAGAGUAAGCCCGCGGAACCCCCUGGGGCUCAUGGCUCCAAAGAGGUCAAGGGGAAAACUCACACAUACUAUCAGGUCUUGAUAGAUACCCGAGACUGUCCCCACAUUUCUCAGAGAUCACAGACUGAGGCAGUGACAUUUCUCGCCAAUCAUGAUGACAGCAGGGCACUUUACGCCAUUCCAGGGCUGGACUAUGUGAGUCAUGAGGACAUCCUGCCCUACAACUCUACAGACCAGGUCCCCAUUCAGCAUGAGCUGUUUGAGCGUUUCCUCCAGUUCAAAGCCUCCAAAGUUCCCCCAUUUGUCCCGCGUGAUACGCUGCAGGCGUGGCAGGAGAAGAACCACCCGUGGCUGGAGUUGUCAGACGUCCACCGUGAGACCACGGAGAACAUCCGUGUCACUGUCAUCCCCUUCUACAUGGGCAUGAGGGAAGCCCAGAAUUCCAACGUAUAUUGGUGGCGCUACUGUAUCCGUCUGGAGAACAUGGGGGAGGAGGUGGUGCAGCUGAGGGAGCGACACUGGAGGAUCUUCAGCCUGUCAGGAACCCUGGAGACGGUCCGGGGAAGAGGAGUGGUUGGACGGGAGCCAGUUUUGUCCAAAGAGCAGCCGGCCUUCCAGUACAGCAGUCACGUGUCAUUACAAGCACCUAGCGGACAUAUGUGGGGUUCCUAUCGGCUCGAGAGACCCAACGGCACCUUCUUUGACGUCCGCAUCCCGCCCUUUUCCCUUGAAAGCAAGAAAGAUGAUACACCCAAUGGUUUCCUCCCAGGUCCUUUCACGUCACUAGCCUGAGGGGGACCAUGCUGUCCUCCAAACCCCAGGCACACACAGGUCCUACUCGCCCUCUUCCAAAAGCCUGCCCCUGUCCGGUUCACCGGCUGAUGAACAACACACAGCACUUAUGGCCUUUGGCUCUAGGAUCAAAAUGAGUAUGAACGUGGCUUUCCGCCAGGACUUUCAUAGAGCCCUUUAUAGCCAAUCAUGACCUGCCAUGGGACCUUGGCUGAACUACAUGUACCAGUAGAGCUGGUGGGAUCAGUGUGGCCCUUCCAGACCAUGGCACAGCGUGGUGUUCUGACAAGAGACUAGAUGUGCUGUCUGAUGUUCCCACAGCUCUGUGUUUUAAUGAAGAGUCAGUCAGGACUUCAUUUAUUUAUAUUGCUUUGUUCCCCCUCAGACCUCAUCAUGUAACUGAUGUGGAUUGAAGGGCUGGAUGUAGCAUGUGUGUCCAGGAACAUUGGUUUUUCACCCAUCGUAUUAUCGGCUCAGUAGUGAAUGACAAUCUCAGAUGUUUUCCUCUGUCACUUUUGUGAAGAUUUUGAUUUGAUGAGAAAUGUUUUGUCAUUAGAAACCAUUAUGUCCAAUUCUUUAAGACAUUUAAACACCCAAAACUCAGAACUCACCUCAAACGUACAUAUAUCAAACAGGCCAUUUAUGAACGUUCCACUGUUUGCUCAUAGAAGACGGUAUCCAGGACUCAAAAGUGCAUCCAAAUAUUUUGCAGGCUGACCUGGAGUUAGAUUUUUGGAUCCCUGAAUAACUUAAAACAACAACAACGAAACAAUUAAAUACAUAAAAAUAAAAAAAUCUCCACUGCUGUAUUGAUCAUUGUUUUAAGGAUUAGGCUAUGUUUAACUGUGUUCACUGUUACACUCUACUUCUCUCCCAGUUGCUAGCCUUUAGUUCAUGGCAAUGCGCUAUAAACGUUCCUAGGCUGUGCACACCAAGCCAUUCAAGCACAAAUUGAGCACACUUAAUGUUUCCUAGGGUCGACCUCCACUUCCAUCAUGAUGAAUGUCUUCUCUAUUAUACUAUUAGUGUUACAUUUUUAUUUACAUGAAAUCAUCUAAAAUCCAUAAAUACAAAUGAACACUCAAUUCGAGUGAAAUAAUGUGUAUCUUGAUGAAUGCCCUGUAUGAGGUAGCUGCUUGGUUUAAAGAAAAUGGCAUGUGCCUAAAAUAACUGCUAAGCUAGCUAGACUAAAGGCUAUUUAGAGAAGUGCCUAGUUUAGAGCAAAUGUUUGUUUUAAUACCGAUUUCUAUUUGUGGUCAUGUGGAUCAGAAUAUUCCACAUUUUUUAAAUCUGUAAAGUUUUAUGUAACAUCACAUAAUUUGUUAUCCUCAAAUAGUUCAUACGUUUUGAUCAGAUCACAUUAUUGCAAUUAGACAUUUUUUCUGUAUAUGUUGCCCUAUUAAUAACCUGGUAACUUUACCAGUGACAUUUGGUUGCACAUGAAGUGAUAACCUCUUCAGAAGUGCUUUCCAAUCUUUCCCACUUAUGAGGAGAAAGAGCUGGCCAAUCAGCAGUCUAAAAGAAGGUGACCUGGUCAUUUAGCAGUCAACCCGCAUUGCAUAUUUUUAAAACCAGUACGCAGCAGAGGCUUUUGGAUCAGAUGAAAGCACGGCCUCUCUGCACGAUCUGGCUCCUGAAAAUAUAAGUUUGUAUAUAUGUAUAUUUUGAGAAGAAAUCAAUCAGUUGAGCAUUAUUGUGGCUGAAAUUACAGGUUGAGACUUGUUAGUUGCUGCAUGUUGUACAUUCUGAAGAGAAACAUUAAACUUGUGUUAAUAAAACUGUGACUUUGUAAAUGGAUCAGUAUAAGACUUCAAUAAAGUCUUCUAUGAAUCAUUGAAA